GUUAUUUAACGAAAGUUUGAUACAUUGAUGUUUAUAAUGUUUUAUUAUUUCGUAGUUUUAGACGCAGUUUCUUUUUUUCCAAUUAAUUCAAAACUAAUUAAAUUGUGAGUUAAUAGCUACGUAUACACAUAGACCUAUAGAAUUCUUGAAGAUAAUGAAGCCCUGUAUGUUACAGUGUUUGGUGUUUAUUGGUUUCUUGUGUAAAGGUCAAAAAGUUUAUGAGUGCUUACUCUAUUGAUUACCUACAUAAUUUUACUGAUGAAUCCUUAAAACAAAGUCAAUUUAUUUCUUUCAAGCAGAUCCACAAUAGCAUCCUUCAACAAACACGAUUAUAAAUUAAUGUAGUCGAAUUUUUCGUAAAGAAUCACACAUAUAUCUACAAGGUACGAGACGAGAACAAAAUUGGCCGAAAAGUAUUAAAGUAUUAUGAAAAAUAAGAUUACACGAUUUAUUAGUUUCUAUUCUUCCAUCCGUCCUCAGAGCUUUCAUUUUUCUGUGCAUCUAGCCACUUUUACGAUGAUUAUUAUUAGAAUACUAAAUGAAUCUUAAUGGUUUUAAGCUCGAUGUAAUAAUAAUUGUUAAACUUUGUAAAUUGUAAACAAUGCAUAAAGAUGUUACUGCAACAAUUCAUCCUAAAACAGCUACGAUAAAAUUUACCCAUGUAUUUGUAGUUUGAAAUUUUCUAACAAGAUAUGGACCUACCCGGUUAGUGCAGGUAGCCAAAGUUGUUUAACAUCAUGGUAUUAUUCCAAGAAUAGAGCUUUUGAAGGGUGACCAUGCUUAUAAAAGAAUACAGAAUACCCUUGCCCCUGACAGUUGAAGAAUACAGAAUAGCUCAGCUGUAUAUGAUAGCAAAAAAAAGUAGAAAUGAAAGCAGUGGCGCUGGUAGUGGAGUAGAAAUUUUAAUAAAUGAACCAUAUACUGAUGGACCAGGGGGGCAGGGUCAAUACACCCAAAAAGUCUACCAUGUAGGCAGUCAUUUACCAGGAUGGUUAAAGGGCAUUCUACCCAAAACAGCCCUUAUGGUUAACGAAGAAGCAUGGAACGCAUAUCCAUACACAAAAACCCGAUACACCUGCCCCUUCGUAGAAAAAUUUUAUUUAGAAAUAGAGACUUAUUAUUUUGGUGACAAUGGUCACCAAGAUAAUGUCUUCAACUUGUCGGGGUCAGAUUUACGAAAUAGGGUAGUCGAUUUAAUAGAUUUCGUUAAAGACCAACUAUAUGGGGCCGAUUACGUGAAAGAAGAAGACCCCAAGGUGUUCCACUCGGAAAAAUCGGGAAUGGGACCCCUAAACGACAACUGGUUAGAAGAAUAUUGGAAAGAGGUAAAACAAUUCGUACAGGGUAAAACGCAACCCCUUGCCAAUGGCAAGGCCCUAAUGUGUGCCUACAAACUAUGUAGGGUCGAAUUUCGAUACUGGGGGAUGCAGACGAAGAUAGAAAAAUUUAUACAUGACGUAGCUUUAAGGAAAACGAUGCUUCGGGCCCAUAGACAAGCCUGGGCUUGGCAAGACGAAUGGCACGGUUUAACAAUGGAGGACAUUCGGGAAAUUGAGAGACAAACUCAGUUGGCUCUCAAACGGAAAAUGGCACAAGCAAACGGAGAAGACCUAAUGGAUGAUGAAGAAAGUGGAACAAAUUCAUUUUCUCAAGAUUCAUCGACAAAUAAGACGAUAGCAGCAAAUUUCGUUAGUAUAGAGAAGAACGAAGAAAAUUCGACGCCUCUGGUCACCAACAAAAGUUCAAACUCUGUCCCAAUUGUUCAAACUGAAACAGUUUCGGAUGCUGAAUUGUCAUCUGAAGAAACUGCCAACGACAUGGGACUGUCUUUCCAUAGGGAUGAUGAGAAGUGGCAACAGAGGAAUUUGCAUUCCCCUGGAUCGUCAUCUCUCAAAAGUUUUGAUCUGCAAGUGGCCAACUGGAGGAUAGAAAGUCUUGGUCGCGAUUCAGAUUCGGCUUCCGAUGAAGAAUUCUUCGACUGUCAAGAAAAUAUGGCCGACGUGUCACUUGCCAAAUGGAGUUCUUUGGAUUUAUUAACUGAAGAAGAUGGCGACAAUGCGUCUCCAACUGUAGUUUUAAAUGAACAAGAUGAUAGCAUAUUUUCACCCACGUAUCUCCAGAGGGUGGCUAGCGAACGAAACAAUCGAAGUUUCCUGAACAAGGGCAAAGGUUCCUUGGAUAUAUGUCCCGAUUCUCCUGUAACUACUGGUCAAAGUUCCUGUAGCACCACCGUAUUAUUACUUGUACUACAUGCAGGAAGUGUUCUAGAUGCUAAUGUGGACAUGACAACAAAAAAAUCAGAUGUGACCACCUUCAAAGGGGCAUUUGAAUCGGUCGUAAGACAACACUAUCCCACUUUGGUGGGACACUUCUCAAUACGGCUGGUCUCUUGUCCUUCCAUUUGUACAGAAGGAUUAAGCGUAUUGUCCAGUCUUAGUCCGUACAGUUUCGACGUUUCUCCUUCAUGCACAGACACUCCUCAAAUAACGCACGAUUCGGUCCCCAUCGGCGCCAUCCCUUUGUUAGCUACAGCGACCCUAGAGUAUCAAGACGCAGUAACGAAGACAAUCAUAAAAGCAAAUAAUGUAUACCAAGAAUUCCUUAAGUCGGAAGAAGGUUUAAAUUUUUCUGGUCAAAUCGUUAUAGUUUCCGAUUCCGUGGGUUCAAUUUUAGCGUACGACGUAAUGUGUCGUGCCAACAAAUACCAAUCACGUCAUGGCAGUGAGAACAGUAUCGUGGAUCAAGACGUGAUUGCUAACGAGGUUAUCGUUAACGAAACAGGACACCUGGUUGCACCACCUCCACGACGAAGAUCAUCGUCGACAAGCGAGAAUCCAAAUCAGAUGAAACUGGACUUCGACGUUUCCGAAUGCUUCAUGUUUGGAAGUCCCCUUGCCCUUGUUCUAGCCUAUCGACGAAUGUCGGUCACCGAUGAGAAAAACUCUCAUAUAAUUCGUCCCGCUUGUCACCAAAUGUACAAUCUGUUCCACCCAACUGAUCCAGUGGCUUCCCGUUUGGAGCCACUACUAUCAGCAAGGUUUUCCAUGCUUCCUCCAGUCAACGUGGCCAGGUAUGCCAAAUACCCGCUGGGCGAUGGUCAACCCCAUCAUUUGCUCGAAUUCUUACAAUCAAAUCCGCAUCUCUUCAACGAUUCCUCGCAACCAUCGAGGCGUCUAUCGGAGGUUUCCAUUCAAAGUACAGUUUCAGGAGUUAUAGAAAACAUAUCACUGCAAACAAUUAGUUCUUUACAGCAGAAAUGGUGGGGCAACAAAAGACUGGACUAUGCCCUCUAUUGUCCAGAAGGUUUGUCCAAUUUUCCCACCAACGCCUUGCCCCAUCUGUUCCACGCCAGUUACUGGGAAAGCAGCGACGUCAUAGCGUUCAUACUCAGGCAAGUUGCCAAGCAGGAAUUGACCCAGUUGGCCGGAAUGGACGACAGGGAACAAUGUUUCAAACCGGGACAACCCCGCGAGAAAUGGAUGAGGAAGAGAACAUCAGUUAAACUCAAAAACGUUGCUGCAAAUCACAGGGCGAACGAUGUGAUAGUGAAAGAGGGUGCUUCCCAAACAUUAACAGCCCGUUUCAUGUACGGACCUUUGGACAUGAUAACGCUCACAGGGGAAAAGGUGGACAUUCACAUCAUGAAGGACGCUCCGGCUGGAGAAUGGUCUCAUAUAGCCACCGAGGUCACCGACAAAACAGGAAGAAUAACGUACACCAUUCCUGACGACAAAUCACUAGGAUAUGGACUCUAUCCAGUCAAAAUGGUUGUUAGAGGAGACCAUACAUCGGUCGACUUCUUUCUCGCGGUGGUACCACCGAAAACCGAGUGUGUAGUGUUUAGUAUAGACGGGUCUUUUACGGCUAGCGUUUCAGUGACCGGAAGAGACCCGAAGGUGCGAGCUGGAGCAGUGGACGUUGUGAGGCAUUGGCAGGAGUUGGGCUAUUUGAUCGUCUACAUCACCGGAAGACCCGACAUGCAACAGCAGAGGGUUGUGUCAUGGUUGUCUCAGCAUAAUUUUCCGCACGGUCUUGUGUCUUUUGCAGAUGGGUUGUCGACCGAUCCAUUAGGACAUAAGGCAGCUUAUUUAAACAAUUUAGUGAAGAAUCACGGAGUCAUCAUUCAUUCGGCGUAUGGAAGCGGUAAAGAUAUUAGCGUUUAUACAGCGAUAGGGUUGAAACCUAAGCAAAUUUACAUCGUUGGUAAGGCGAACAAGAAGCAACAAUCUCAAGCUACAAUCUUGGCCGAAGGCUACGCGGCCCAUCUGGCCGCCCUGAUGACCCACGGAGGUUCCAGACCGGCACAAGGCAACGCUAGAAUGGUUAUUCCUCGGGGAUAUUUUGGACUUCCGGGACAAAGCACGUCCAGAAGACGAAGUAGAUCGGCUAAAAGAACAACUUCCUACCCUACAACAAGCGACACAACCUCGCUCGAAAGAUCUUUAAGUACCCGAAGAUGUCAACUACCUCGGCCGAUUCACGCCACAAUCAUUCGAAAUCAUAGUUCAACACCCGGUACAUAAUUUAGCAUAGUUUUAAUUCUCAAUUUCUUUAGCAAUUGAUGAAAUAGUAAUGAUUGUCUAACAAAUUUCGCCUAUGAAGAGUCUACUCCUUGACUAUGACUAUUGAAAAAUUGUCAAACACAAGUGUCUACGAAAUGAUUCAAAAAAAAAAACUGUUGCUAAAAAAAAUCGUCUAUUUGAAUGUGUAUUAUAUGUAAUACAGUUUCCCUAUUUCUGAAUUUAACGAUUCGUUUUAUAUGAUUGGGUGUCUCACCUAUUAAAUACCUGUUACUAUAAUAUUAAUUUAUUUUUAUACUGCGCUUCUUCGAUCGGUGGUAAGAAUAAAGAAUUAAUUUUUAAAGUACCUAUACAGGGUGAUUACUGAUGGAUCAUUAGAUACUUAAAUGUGGUGCGAUUAUAAAAAUUAGUUAAGAAAUUGUUAUUAUGAUAUACGACGGAAAUCUGUUUUCAAAUAAGCAAACAUUCCACAAUUUUUUCAUUUUAAUAUUUUUCUAAAAACGUGGGGCUACUUUAGUAUGCGGUCUACCUCUCGGGGUAUAAUCUAUCUGUUCUUUAAUAUGCGAUCGACCCACUGAAUGUAGAUAAGAAACAUAUAUUUUUGAGAAAAAAGUAAAGGUAAAGGUCUCUUCGUACGUAUUGUCUUUUCCUACCAUCUCCUUCUGUUAGAUUGAUUAGAUAGGAAAAGACAACACGAAAGAAGUAACAGAUAGACCACAAACUAAAGUAGUAUCUACUAAAAAAGUUACCACAAAUACUUAAAUAAAACAUAAAUCGCAUAUCAGUGAACCAAACAAUAAAACUACCCACUCAAUCUCAAUGAAUGGUCAAACUUCCCUAACUGGAACCAGCAGGGGUCCUAUCCAGCUUUCCUUUUAGUUGUACAGGAUGAAACUAAUUCAGUUUAAUUGCUGUUGUUAUUGUAAAGCAACUACAUCAACAACUUGCUUGUAUUAGAUAUUAUUUCUUAGAGUAAUGAAAUUACGUUAACAAAAGGCAACACCAACGAAGUGAGCUAUUUGCUAUCGCUCUCUAGUUGGAGAUUAUGAAACUACAGAAGUUCGAGUUACAGAAGUUUGACUGUACGUAUUAUUACCAACUAAACAUGCGUAAACGUAUAAAAGUUCUUGAAACUCUUGUCUCUAUUUAGCUGUGAUUUCUUUGUAAGUAUUAAAAACCGAACAAAUAUUAUAAAUGAAUAAUUAAUUUAGUAAAUACAUUUGAAAAUUCCUUGUUGUUUAUAAAUAAUAAUAAUAAUAAUAAUGAUUAUUACUCAAACAGCGUUAAAAGAAAAAUUUAUUGCUGUUGGCCGUCCCUUAUCUACUAUUAUACUAUCUAUGUAUGUACAUAUUUUGAAGAUUUAAAUUUUGUUACUAUCCCAUCGUUUAUAAAUCUAUUUGUUGUUUUAUUGUUGCGCAAAAUCAGGAAGGAAAAUGCGUUUCCUUGCAAAAAUCGCUGCAUGAAUGUUUAAAAAUAUUUUUCUAAGUGUACAGAAAUUUGUUGUUAGGACAAAGGAAGAGUAAUGUUGUUGCUGUUUUUAGUGAAUAUGCGUACAUAAACAAAGAAACAUACAAUAUUAUUGUACGAUAUUAAAUAUGUGUAUGUAUGUUAUUGUUUUAAGUAGUUAAUACGUAAAAUAAUGUGAUUUUAAAAAAUAUCUGCAGAGAUUGGUUUCUAGUUUACAUAAUUAGUGUAAUUAUUUAUUUAUUUGUUUUAAACUAACGAAUGAAUAUUUUUUCAAACUAGUCCAAGUCAAGUCCAAAUCAAAUUCUAUUUUCUAGAACAGUCUUGUUUCCAAAAUUAAUUUUUUUAUAAAAGAAAAGUUUUAUAAUUGUUUUAGUGUUUUACGUCUUUCUUUGAUGAAGAUAUUCAAAAAUUA